CUCCUGCCGGGUUUCAUCAACAAAAAUGCGCUUUCGAACGGGCGCGAAAUUCAGUGCUCAAGUCUGGGACUCGGGUCGGAUUGUUAUAUAUGAGAAUGCUUCGGCUGCUGUUAAAAGCGAGUACGUUCCGGAAAGUCAUCUUCAGUGCACGGCAACUUGUGUCCGAUGGGAGGGCGACAACUUGCUCGUCAUCGGAGGACAAGACGGUACUGUGAUCAUAUUCGAUGCUCUAGAGGCUAAGGUCAAAACAUUUCUGAAAAAGACGCAUGCCGGUGCCGUCGAGGAUGUCGUCGUCCUGGAGGAACGAGUUCUCUCCUGUGGUCAGGACGGAGCCAUUCAUGAGUAUCAUCUCACCGAGCAGACUCGUCUACGGUGGGAAGAGAGUGAGCAAGCACAUCCUCUGUAUUCAUUGUGCUUGUUUCGGGGGAAUACGAGAGUUUUGGCUGCUUCCAUCUCCCAGUUGAGGAUUUUCCAUGCACAGAGCCGCCAGCUGCUCAAAUCGGUCGUCACACAACACGUGUCCCCUGUAAAGUUCCUGCUGGCCGCGGAUGACGGCAAACUGCUGAGCGGUGCGGAUCGCCAUGUGGUGGUUUGGAGCAAGAAACUCUGCUGCGAAGAUACUCUGGUUCUGAGUUCAUCGAGUAUAGCUUCAGUGCAUAGUCUGGGCUCACGGAUCGCGGCAGUAUCCCAAACUGGCGAAUGCAUUCUGCACGAUCGUGACACCUCGAAAAAGACAACGAUACAAUUCGCGAGCCCCGAGGCCGAGGUACUGGAAAUCCAUGAAGCCCGUCUCAUUGAGAAGGGCGUCAUCGUCGUAUAUGGGCCACCUAGCCGGCCCCGCAUUGAAACGCUUCCGAUACCCUCUCGAAAUCAAAUCUUCAUUCGAACGAUAAAGAAAGCCGCAUUCGCCACGCCUCAAAAUGGGGUUCCUGUCACGCAGUACAAAUCGACAAACGCCAAAGUUAUCGGACCGCUCAACGAACGCGUGGACAAAACAGCGCGGAAAGCUCCACGUUUCGAGGAGAAAGAUGAAGUCUCGCUGGAGGAGAGGCUACUGGAGUGCCAUUCAGAUUCGGGAAAGGGCGAAGAGCUCGAAGACCAACCCGUUGUGAACCCCCGGACGGAUAACAUGGUGCAUCUCUUGUUGCAAGGGUUGCAAUCAGGGGAUAAAUCCAUGUUGAACGCUGUGAUCUUCAGGAACGAUCCGGAGGUCAUCGACAACACUGUCCGAAGAUUACCAUUGGAUGCGAUACAGAUCUUUGUUAAAGAAAUUCAGGACAGACUACACUGUCGGCCUCGAUUUGUUGCUCCGAUCCUGAGAUGGACGAAAUCGCUCUUGGUUCACCACACGUCAUACUUGGAAUCGUGUCCGAACAUGUUGCAACCUCUAGAAUAUAUCCUCAAGAGCCGACUCAUCAAUGCGGACCGAGUAUCGGAGGUGAAAUCUCGGCUCGACACCCUCUUAGCUUCAAACAGAUCUCCCGAGCAAUCGUUGCCGAAGGCGGACGUGUGCAUAAUUGAGGAAGACUCGGACUCUCACUCGGUAGAAGGGGACGACGCAGCGCAAUCAGGUGGAGAAUCUUCCGACCACGAUGGUGAGGACGAGGAUGAGGGCAAUUUCGAUGAGCUCGAUGAGAGCAACGAGGACGACGACGAUCACGAAGUUCAGUCAAUGAAAAUCGGUUAGUUGUCGCAGCAAUCGUUGACAGAGAGUCUUUGUCUGCUAAUCUGUGAAUGCCACCGAUUAAUAAAGACGGGGCG